AUGGCCUCACCCGCGGCCCCUCUCACACCUCCCGCCGAACCCUCAUCGACUCAGACCCUCACUCAGACGCAGACGCAGACGCAAACACAGACACAAAGCUCAACGCAAGUGCAAGUAUCGCAAUCUUCCGGCCAGUCGGGUACCAAUCGGGUGGAAGCACUCCUAGCGCAACCCUUGACCUCGCUCUCCGAUGAUGGCACCUCAAAACGACCGCGCGACCACCGGCUCAUACACCUUCUUCUCGCAUCGCACGGUGUGAAUGCCUAUCAGGAGCGCGUUCCCCUGCAGCUCAUGGACUUUGCCUACCGCUACACAUCUACCGUCCUCAGCGAUGCGCUGCACAUCCAGCUCGAGGGCUACGACCAAUCCGAGAAUGCCGGCUCCAGCAAGAAGGGGGCCGCCAACAAAAACAAUGCCAACAAGUCAGAUGAGGGUGAUGUGUCGUUGGCAGCGUUGCGCAUGAGCAUUGCCUCACGACUCUCGCAUCAGUUCACCGGUCAGGGUAAUCUGCCCAAGGAGUUCCUCAAGCAGCUCGCCGACGAGCGCAAUCGCAUCUCACUGCAACAGCAAGCCAAGGACGAGAAAAUCAACUCCGGAGUAGUAGUUGGUGGUGUUCGACUGCCGCAUGAGCAGCAUUGCUUGACCGGCAUGGGUUGGGGAUUGAAGAAUGAAUGGGAGAGUGAGGGCGAAGAAAGUGAUGAAGAACUUGACCUCCCACCCGCGCCGGCUAUGCCCGAAGGUGGUGACGGCGGGGAUGCACAGAUGGAGGAUAUGGAAGAGGGAAUGGAAGACGAUGAAGGUAUGGGGACUAUGGAAGACGUCUUCGGUCCUGAUGGUGGAGAGGCCGGUAAGGACGACGAUGCCGAGAUGCAGGAUUCAUGA